AUGCAAGGAACACGCAACAGCGAGUGCAAGUACUCCUACACCUAUGGAGUACCAGUACUCUGCACAGGCCCGUCGUCUCUUGGAAGCACCGCAGCGGUCAUGUCGAGCCAUCACCAUGAACCCCUUGCGGCGCUGUGUCCCGUAGACUGGGCCGAGAUCCCCCUCCACGACCAAGAGCUCGGCCACUUUCUCGCCGGCGUCUUCGCAGAGGCCCAGAUCGUCAUCGACUCGAUCCCCUCGCCGAAUCCCCCCUCUUCGAAAGCAGCCGCACCUACCGGCUCUGGCCGCGCCCGUGCAAAGACCGAAUCGGCUGUCGUCCACCCAGAUAUCCAAAUCCCGCUGUCCCCGCCUACCGCGCCUGCAAGAUCCCCGACGUCGGCUACCGCUUCCGCCGACCAGCUGCGCAAGGAGUGGAAGGAGAUCAAGGUCAACGCGAGAGAUAACCCUCUCGGGAUCAAUGUCUACAAGCUCGCGGGCAAGGACGGCAAAGGUGCCUGGUUCUCCCGAAGGAGCGUCCACGACGGCUUCUCCUUCGAUACCUGGAAGGCAGGCCUCGAGAGGGAAUUUCCCGAGACCAUGAAGGUCCAAGGCUCGCCCGGAAGCGGCAGCAUACGUGGCAUCGGUGCCGACAGGAAGGUCGAGCACAAGAUUGUCGACGGCACCAACCACCUUGAUGUAUUCCACCUCUCCGCACAGUUUCCAGGCCCGACUUCCCCUCGAGAUUUCAUCACCCUCCUUCUCACCUCAAACUCCUCCAGCGGUCACGCCGACGCUUUGAGACAGUACAUGAUCGUUUCGAAACCUUGCGUACAUCCCGACUGCCCCCCACGGCAGGGCAUCAUACGGGGCCAGUACGAGUCUGUCGAAGUUAUCAGAGAGCUACCGACAGAGCCGAGGUUCCACAGGAGGUCCUUGUCGCAUUCGGACUUGGCGGCCGAUGACGGCCGGAGAGCAGGGACAACCAAGGCACCGGGAGCCUCGCCCGAUGACCAACCACCCCGGGCGGUGGAGUGGCUGAUGGUGACGAGGAGCGACCCUGGCGGGAGCGUCCCACGCUUCAUGAUUGAAAAGGGCACGCCGCCAGGAAUCGUUGGCGAUGCCGGAAAGUUCAUCAAUUGGAUCACCUCGACAUCGGACGUGAAGGAGGAUCCCGUGGCCUCGGAGAAGAACGAAGGCAAAUCAGCAGCGAGUGGCAUCAAAAGCACGCCCACGAAUGGUCGACUGACGACGAACAAUGUCACUUCUUUGAAAGACACCAGCCAUGAAAGGAAGGAAGCCGAAGUCGAGGAUAGCAUCCCUAGCAGCAACGGCAUUUACGGAAUCCUCUCCGCUGGGUUUGAAGCUGCCGCCUCCGUCGCCUACGGCCUCCGUCAGCAGUUCAGCCCACUGGGUCUGGGAAACGGUCAGGAGACUGCCUCGGAGUCCAGGGGGGUGGAUGACGAUGACGACGACGACGAUGACGACGACGACGGGAAAUACUCCGACAGCGACGUGUCUUCCACGCGAAGCUUUGCCUCGGCCCUGGAUACAUCCGUCGUCAUGGAGCGCAAAGCGGUCGACAGCAUCACCGACAGCGCCGCUGGCAGCCAUUCGGACGGAACCAGACCGCAGAACAACCAGCGAUCCAUGGAGAAGGAGCUCCAAAAGAUGAUGGAGAGGCGCAGGAAGCUGGACGAAAACUACGUCAAGAUGCAGGCGCGCUUUGACUCGAAGCGCCAAGGCGACAAGGAAAAGGACGCCGGCGCGCUGGCAAAGGUCCGCGAAAAGCACGAACGGGACAUGGCCAAGCAGGAAGCAAAGUUCAAGCGCGAGAUGGAAAAGAUCGAGCAGAAGCGCGACCAGGAGAGGCGCAAGGCGGAGGCGCGCAGACGCAAGGCCGUUGAGCGCGAGGAGAGAGCCUCGCUGACGCUCGAACUCGAGAGGGUAAAGGCAGAAAAAGAGGUGGCCCUUCGGAAGGUCGAGAUGCUACAGGGCCAGGUCGGCGAGCUGCAGGCCCAGAACACGAUGCUCGUUGCCGAGCUCGGUCGCAUGGGUGCCCUGAAAAGGGGUAGUCUUCAGGCUAAAGAAUAG